AUGUUCCACACAUUCAGCACCGCCAAGGCUGCUUCGACCUCUAUAACCUCUUCUUCAAACCGCCGAAAAAAUAACUCGGUCCGCGCAUGCGAUGAGUGUCGACGUCGAAAAAUUCGCUGCGACGGCCAGCGGCCUUGUGAAUCAUGUCAGUGGUAUCAGAGAACAGAGUCGUGUCGAUAUCAAGACCUCCAUUCCCAGGAUCGCCAAACGGCAGACGCAUUUGAGCGUAUCGUGAAAAAACUACUUCCUAACAAGAGUACGGCUGAACUAGCUUCACUGGCCGAUCUAUCGCCGUUGGAGCUGCUUCAUCUAGCCAAACAGGACCUGGUAUCACAAGGCCCGCCAUCCAGAGCGAUAUCUCCACCAUUAGAGACGCAAGUCUCACCUUCUUCUGAGACGAGUGGGGAUUUAGCAACGCUGCAAAUGAUGCCCCACGAGGAGCUCGAGGGUGAACAUGAUACUGAGAGCCAGGACACAAUAAGUAAUUUUUCGGAUGACGUUAAUGCAUUGGCGUUGUCAUCAAAACCGCCUUCAUCCUAUCUUGGCGCAUCGUCGGUCGCAGCUGCACUCAAAGUCAUAGCCUGGCUACAACCAGAAUUUCCCCAGAGAGUUAGUUUUAUUGCAUGUAAUGAUCUAACCCAAUAUUCUACUACUAUAAGCAGUAUCAUGUUGGAACUUCGGGGUGAGAAAGAGAAUAUAUUACCGAAGGCGUCGCAUCCCGUUUAUUGCGAUGAGAAAUACCUAAUCGACGGGUAUUUUCUUUAUUUCCACCCUACUGCUCCCAUCAUUGAUGAGGUCACAUUCCGCAAUACGUACUUGAGACAGCAAAGGAAUGACCCUCGCUGGUUGUCGCUCCUGAAUAUUGUGCUGGCGCUAGGAAGUAUUUCCGUCACCCCAGCCAACAACAAGGACCACUAUUUUUACUACCAACGCUCUAAGAGCUAUAUCGAAUUUAGUGCGUUUGGUAGACCCCAUAUAGAGACCAUUCAAACUUUUGGCUUGAUGGGUGGUCAUUAUCUGCAUUAUAUCAGCCAGCCCAACUUAGCAUAUUCACUCAUGGGAGCGGCACUUCGUAUGGCCACCUCGCUUGGCCUUCACAAAGAAUUUCUUCUGAAUGAAAACAAAAGUACCAGGAACCACGAUGCUGCUAUUGACAUGCGACGAAGAGUAUGGUGGUCCCUCAUUUGUUUGGACACAUGGGGGACAGAGACAUUAGGCCGUCCCAGUCUAGGCCGUUGGUCAGCCGGCAUCACUGCUAAGCUCCCUCAUUGUGCCGCCGGGAAUGAUCAGUUAAUUGCGACUCUACCACUCAUCGAAAGCGUUCGAUACUGUCGAAUCACUACACAGAUUCACGAAGCCAUGGCAGUUGUUCCGCUUCUAGCAUACAAGGAUCUAAUCAGCCUAGACCAACAGCUUGUUGAAUGGUACGAAAACCUCCCUCCUUUACUGAAAACAUUUGACCCUUGUCCGGAACCCUUGGCAAUAUACCGUGACACUAUUCGAUGGAGGUAUAUCAUACAACGUAUGCACUUGUAUCGACCAGCUCUGCUAAGCUACGCGAUGCGACGGAUUCCCUUUGCGGCUUUGCGGGCUGAGGAACGCAGCACAAUUGAGACAUGCAUUAGUCUUUCUGCUGAUGCAAUUCAUGAUAUCGGGGCUUCUGCUGCCAAUUGUUCUAAUCAAAUCCUCGGAUGGCGUGGUGUUUGGUUUAUCUUCCAGGCAGUCGUCGUUCCACUGGUGACCUUAUAUAUUGAGGAUGAAACUAACGUUGCUCUAACCGGAAAUUGCCAUUCUUCUAUCAAGAUGGCAAUCGCGACGCUAGUUCGUAUGCAGUCAUGGAGUCCAACUGGAUCAAGGACACUGAAAUGCGUUUGCACAAUUUAUGAGGCCGCCCUUCGUUUUCCAACAAGUGUUCCUUCAAGCGCAGCCGCCCCCAAGACUGGAGUAAAUGUUGAUGGCAUCCUCAGUCCUGCGUCCAUUCAGAAUUUAGAUGUGUUUUCCGGGUUUACGCCAACACAACCUUUAUUUGAUGGAAACCAGAGCAUUUUUCGACCCGGUUUUGUCAACGCCGAUAACAACUUCGGGGAUGAAAGUAUGUGGGACUUCAUUACCUGGAGUGAUGGGAGACUUGCGGAGAGUUUAAUGCAGCUAGAUUCGCAAAUAUUGACCGAGGGAUAUUUGCUUAACGAUGGCACAUCACCUCCUUUGGACCGUGAUCAAGGUCAUGGAUAUAACCUGCCUGGCUCUUUUACAUGA